AUGAAAAGAAAUAGUGAUCAACCAUCAUUAUUCAAUUUUGGUGUAAAAAAAAUUAAAAAUAAUGAAGAAACUGAAAGUGAAUCGAGUAAUAUUGAAAAUAAUGCAACCGAAGUUGAUGUAAUAAACGCCUUGCAGACCCAACUUGAUUCAAAUAUAGACAAUGAAUCGUUAAAAAAUUAUUCUUUGGAUAUUGGGUUAUUUUUAUUAGCUUCUAAUAAUAUAAAUGAUGCAAAAAAAUACGAGUUAUUAAAAAAUCCAUGGAUACCUCCCAAAAAUUACCAAUUUCCCAUUGAACAACAAAGGCGGCUGAAAUUUCAAUUAGAUUGGUUAAACCGUUUUCCUUGGCUUGUUUACUCCGAAAAAGAACAAGGUGCCUUGUGUAAAUGCUGUGUACUAUUUGCCAAUAACAGUGUUGGUAAAGGGAUCCAUCAAAAAUUAGGUGCUCUGAUUAUAAAACCUUUUACGAAAUGGAAAGAUGCCAUUGAACGUUUUAAUCGUCAUUCAAACUCUGAGUAUCAUAAGCUUUCAAUCAUUCGCUCUGAAGAAUUUAUUAAAGUAAUGGAAAACAAAAAAAAUAAUAUUGCAAAUGAGAUAGAUACUUCACGAAAAAAACAAGUCAUUGAAAAUCGAUCUAUUCUUCGUCCAAUAAUUGAAACCUUAAUUGUAUGUGGAAAACAAAAUAAUGCUUUAAGAGGUAAUAAUGACAGUGGGAAAAUAUAUGAUGAAAGUAUAGAAACAAAUGAUGGGAAUUUUAGAUCUUUAUUAAGAUUUAAAUCAUUGACUGAUCCUAUUUUAGACAAACAUUUAAAAAACGCAACAACUUUUGCAUCUUACACGAGUCCUAGUGUACAAAAUGAAAUCAUUACUAUUUGUGUGGACGAAACACAAGACAUAUCUCGGUUAGAACAAAUGUCUUUUUGUGUACGAUACGUUGACGGUGUAUCAAACUGUAUUAUGGAAGAUUUUCUUGAAUUUUCAAUUGUUCACGAUAUGACUGAGGCUGUUCCAAAUGCGCUUUAUGUGCAUUGCGCUUCUCAUUCUUUGAAUUUGGCUAUAGGAAGUUCAUGUAAAAUCGUAUCAAUUAGAAAUUGUAUUGGAACUGUAUCUUCAGUAAUAACAUUUUUCCGAGCUUCAUCGCUAAGAACAAAAACACUGAUUGAAUGUAUUAAUGAAUAUGUCCCACAAAGUCGAACAAAAACUCUAAUAAAACUGUGUGAAACGCGAUGGGUAGAUCGACAUGAAAGCUUAAUUAGAUUUAAAGAGUUAUACAAAAUUAUUUAUAAUGCAUUAAAAAAAUUAGAAGAGUGUUCAAAUGUAGAAACAUCCCGUAUAGCUUUUCAGCUUUCAAAUUCCAUUAAUAACUCAGUUUUUAUCAUAGCUUUACAUGUGAUUGAGAAGUUUUUUUCUUUAACUUUACCACUAUCUAUAACACUACAAAAAGUAAAUAUUGAUUUGUCAUAUUGUUAUGAGCGAGUAACAGAUGUCUGUCAAAUAUUUAAAGAAAUUCGAGAAAAUAGCGAUGAUGAGUUUAAACAAAUAUUUUCUAAUUCAGAAGAGUCUAUGUUAGAAGGAAUUAUUGAGGUACCAAGAACUAUAGACCGACAAACUGCACAAAUUAAAAUAUGGCUAGCUAAAUGGAAAAAUGUAUCUGAUAGAGACCGUCCAACUACAUCAUUGACUACUUUGUCUGCAAUGUCUUAUGAUUUUUUCCCAAACAUUCACAGUCUUUUGACAAUUAUGGCCACAUUACCUGUUACAACUGCUACUGCUGAACGGUCAUUCUCAACUCUACGGAGACUUAAAACAUACUUACGAAACAAUAUGGGAGAAACGAGACUUACUGAUUUGGCUUUACUAAACAUAUACCGAAAUGCUAUAUCUUUCCUAAGUUCAAAUAAAAAAGACUUGGACAUUUUAAACAAACAUCCUGUUAUCAAAGAGGUAUUCCUAAAAUAUAAUACCACUAUUCCGUUCUCAGCUCCUGUUGAGAGAUUGUUUAGCAAGGCAAUUCAAGUAUUAACAUCUAGGCGUAACAGAUUAGGUGAUAAAGCAAUCAAUGAUAUACUUAUAAAAGAAAAACAACAUGAAACACUGUGUAAGAAAUCUGAAAAUAGAAUUCCUGCUCAUGUGUUUAUACAAGAUGUAUGCACAAGAUGGAAUAGCACAUUCUUAAUGCUUAAUCGAUUUGUUGAACAAAAAAAAAGUGUAUUAGGCUUAGCUCUUUGCAUUAAUUUAAAUGUAACAUUUUCUAUCAACGAUUAG